CUUCCGUAUUUCUUGGAGUAAAUUUUCUUCUUUCUUCAAUAAAACUCUAUAAAACUAUAAACUUGUUUGAUAAUUUUAUUUGAAUAAAUUUUAGACUGAAAUUUAUCAUAAACUUUUUGUUGCAGAAAUUCGUUAUAGGAGAAUUAGACAAAAAAACUUAUACUUAUGAUCGAAAUAUGCCAUUAAUAUUCAUCGGUGGUGUUCCACGAUCAGGGACCACCUUAAUGAGGGCAAUGUUAGACGCUCAUCCAGACGUGAGAUGUGGACAGGAGACAAGAGUAAUUCCACGGAUACUCCAGAUGCGGUCUCACUGGCUGAGAUCAGAACGUGAAAACGUCCGUUUAUCAGAAGCCGGUAUAUCUAAAGAGGUUUUAGAUAGUGCUAUUGCAGCAUUUUCCUUAGAAGUUAUUGCAAGACACGGUGAACCAGCACCCCGGCUGUGCAAUAAAGAUCCUCUGACACUAAAAAUGGGCUCUUAUAUACUUGAAUUAUUUCCGAAUGCUAAAUUUUUAUUUAUGGUUCGAGAUGGCCGUGCUACCGUUCAUUCCAUUAUUUCCAGAAAGGUAACGAUAACUGGAUUCGAUUUAUCGUCGUAUAGACAGUGUCUCACGCGAUGGAAUCACGCAAUAUCAUUGAUGUACGAUCAAUGCAAAGAAGUGGGUCCCAGCCGAUGCCUGAUGGUUCCUUAUGAACAACUAGUCCUCCACCCACGUGAUUGGAUGAAGAAAAUCCUUAAUUGGCUCGAUGUGCCCUGGAACGAAUCCGUCCUCCAUCAUGAGGAAUUCAUCAACAAGCCCGGCGGCGUUCCACUAUCCAAAGUUGAACGUUCUUCUGAUCAAGUUAUAAAACCCGUGAAUCUCGAGGCUUUGACUAAGUGGGUCGGACAAAUUCCUACCGACGUUGUCAAGGACAUGCCAGACAUCGCUCCGAUGCUUUCAAAGCUCGGUUAUAAUCCUUAUGAAAAUCCUCCUGUUUAUGGAGCACCUGACAGUGUUGUUAGCGAUAAUACAAGAAGGUAUUUUUACUUAUAUUAUUAUAAUUAUUACUAUAAAUUUUUUAUUCAAUAUAAAUCUGUGAACUAA